GUAAAUUCACCGGCCGCUUUCAUUCACACACAGAACAUACCGAGCAACAUGGCUGCUGUAGGCAGCUUAGUGAACAAUCUGGCUUGUCUUUGGAGACAGCCAUGUACCCGUACUUAUUUACCGCAUUUGUUCAUUUGCAUUUCUUUUAUAGGAUCGAUUUUGAAAAAAAUGGACCUUGUGCGGGAGAGCUUCUUCAGUAAUAGUAGGAAUCUUUUAAAUGUAUAUUUUGUGAAAGUUUCAUGGGGAUGGACCAUCGUUUUGCUUCUGCCAUUCAUCUGUCUCUCCAAUUCUUACAACAGAAGCCUUACAUUUGUUUUGAGGCGACUGACGUCAUUGUUGGUGGCCACAUUCAUUUGGUAUACCUGCACUGAGAUUUUUUUCUACAUUGAAGACAUUUCAGGUUCAUGCUAUGAGUCCAACACCAUGCAAGUCAUCCAUGGUGAAAUAACCACAAAGGCAGUGUGCAAGAAAGCCGGAUUUAUGUGGGAUGGCUUUGACAUAUCAGGACAUUCUUUCAUCUUGGCUUACUCUUCUCUUGUGAUUGUGGAAGAAAUGGUGCCUAUUUUGCAUUUAACACAUGUUUACAGAAACACCCCUCUUGAUUGUCUUUAUGUGGCACUCAAUGUGAUUGUGGCCAUCUGGAUAUGGAUGUUCGGAUGUACGUCAGUGUAUUUUCAUCAUAUUAUUGACAAGCUACUGGGGACCUCAUGUGGAAUAUUAGGGUGGUAUGUAACAUAUGUUGUUUGGUACCCGAGGCCCUAUUCUCCAGGUCUCCCUCCACAACACACUGAGCAGAAACAACAUGUUUAGUAUGAGAACUAAAUACCGGCAUAGACCAUGCAAUCAUUGCUACAAGUGCAAGUUACACACUAAAACAAUCCUCACAUUUUUUUGUGUUUGUCUGUCCCAUUGAAAUGUCACAUAGAACGUUAUGAAGGUACAUAUGAGGUGAUGGGCAGCUGGUGUUCCUAAAAUGACAAUCUGUAAUCUGAAAGAAAUGUUAUGAAUGGUUAUGGUAUGACCAUAAAGCGAGGUCACAUCCACUGAUCCUCAUUGUUGCCUUCAAAGGUUCUGUGACUUUACACAGAGGUGGAUUAGUAACAGUAAAUUUUGCUUAUACAAGAGUAGUCUGCUGCUACUGUUUUGUAAUCAACCUGCAAUCAUCAAUUUAGCUGCCUUUUGACAUUUAAAGGUAUCAUUCACCCAAAAAGGUAAAUUCCAGAUGUGGAUGAUUUCUUUCUUUUGCAGAACACAAACAAAGAUUAUUAGAAGAAUAUCUCAGCUCUGUAGGUCCAUAAAAAGCAAGUGAAUGGUGGACAGAACUUUGAAGCCUCAAAAAAGACAAAGUCAGCAUAAAUGUAAUCCAUAUGACUCAAAUGGUUUAAUCAAUGUCUUUUGGUUAAUUCAAAUGGUUUUGGUUAAGAACAGACCAAAAUGUAACUCCUUUUUCACUGUACAUCUUGCCAUUGCAGUCUCUACGCACAAUCAUGAUUUCAAGCUCGAUUAUACUUACUAUUGAUGACACGUGCAGAGCACUAGAUCGAGCUAUAGGAAGUGUAAUUGAGCUUGAAAUCAUGAUUUGUCAACCAAAACCAACUGGAUCUCAUCAGAAGACAUUGAUUAAACCACUAGUGUCUGAUGGAUUACUUUUAUUCUGACUUUAUCUGAUUUUUGGAGCUUCAAAAGCCUGAUCACCAUUGUAAAGAAAGUCAUACACAUCUGGUAUGGCUUGAGGGGAGUAAAUGAUUAGAGAAUUUUCAUUUUUUGGGUGAACUAUCCCUUUAUUAUUUGGUAGAUUUGUUUAUCCCUUUACACAAACAUGCAAUAUUUAUGUAUUAAUUUUAAACAAAAUGUGGUGAUUCUGUCUGAAAAAACUGGAGGACAGAGAAUUUUUAAGAUGCAGUGUAAUGAAUGUAUGCCAUAUACUUGUAUUGAGUUUGAACAUAACCAUUUAUGUGUGACAUGCUAUCAUUUUGUGUCACUUUGACCCAGAAACACAUUUCAAGUUUUAAAAGCAAAAUGAUUCUCUGCUUUCUAAAGAUAUAUUAUUUUUCAUAUUAUAAUGUUAUGUUAGUAAUUAUAUAACUAUAUUAUAUUUAUAUUAUUUGAAUAUGUUUCUUAUCCAAAUUGUUCCCAUAAUGUAAUCAUUUAAAUGUGGGUUCAUACUUGACUUUUUAUUUUAGUGCAUAAUAACUCAAAAUGAGUUUCUGGGUCAAAGUCAAAAUGAUGGAGCAGUUCCCAUAUGUUUUAUAAUUUGUCUGAAAGCCAAGCUGUUCAUUAAUAUGUGCCAUUCCUAGAUAAGACAUAAAUUAUGUUGGUGAUUUAUUGACUUCUAAUACCGUCUCAUUCUUUGUCACAGAUGAGUGUUAAAAGACUGUGAUAUUUACCACAGGAAAAAUGGCAUCACCUGAACUUUUCGUAUUUCAUCCUAUUUGGAAUAUUAUAAGAAAAUCGAAUGUAUUGUAAUGGGGGACCUUACUGUUAUUGAACUGUUUCAGAGUAGACCCUUUGCUUGCAAAAUCCAGAAUGUUUAGUUUGUUGAUCAUAUUUCUUACAGGUUUGAGGAACAAUGCAAAUGAAACGUAAAUUAAUUAUAUGGAGGACACCUUCAUUAGCCAUUUCAUCAAUCAGUUUUUAUAAUUGCAAUAUAUAAUACUUACAAUAUUUUUAUUGUAAGUAUUCUAAAGGAACAAAAAUCAACAUGUAGUUGCAAAUCAAUAUUGUACUGUUUCCAUUUUAACUGAAUACAAUGUCCGAGUAUGUAGGCUUUGUUAGUAUAGC